UCUCUGGCCUCAGCUCUGACCUCUAACCCCUCCCAUCUGAGAGAGCUGGACCUGAGCUUCAACCAUCCAGGAGGACCAGGACUGAAGCUGCUGUCUGCUGGACUGGAGAGUCCAGACUGGAGGCUGGAGACUCUCAGGCUGGAUCACUGUGGACCACAGAGGUUAACAUCUGGACUGGAGAGAUACUUCCGUCCACUCUCACUGGACCCAGACACAGCUCACCAGCGCCUCCUUCUGUCCAACAACAACAACAUGGUGGAGCUAGUGACGGAGGAUCAGGAGUAUCUGGACCAUCCCGACAGGUUUGAGCGGUGUCCUCAGGUGAUGAGCAGAGAUGCUGUGACUGGUCCCUGUUACUGGGAGGUGGAGUGGAGAGGAAGAGUUUCUGUGGCCGUGACUCUCAGGAGAGACGGAAAGAAAGAAGAUGAGUCUGAGUUUGGACAGAACCGUUAUUCCUGGAGUCUGAGCUGUGAUGAUGCUGGAUAUAAAUUCUGUCACAAUAAGAGAGAAACUGCCAUCGAGAGCUCAGAAGUCUCUCACAGAGUUGCAGUGUUGCUGAACGCACCUGCUGGAUUUUUGGAAGUCUACAGAGUCUCCUCUGGAGUCAGGACCCCCCUCUACACCUUAUUCACCUCCACUGAACCUUUGCACCUGGGAUUUGGACUCAGAGAGGCUCCUGGUUCCUCACCUGCUGUAGUCACAGCAGAGGGAAGAGUUCUCAUGCUGGGAAGUUCGGACAUCACGCUGGUGACUGAGCAGCAGCAGACGGUGUUGGAGUGA